UGUUUUCUGCGUGUCGGACGCGCUUUGUUAUUGUUGUGAUUCUCUGCCUGCUUAGGACGGCAUGCGUGCCGACAUGUGGUGGAGAGAUAGGCUAUAUAGAGAGAACGGUGCAUAUGGAGAGAGGCGAGGGGGGGGUUAUUGUAACACUGAAUACCCACAAACUGAGGCCAUAUGAUAAUGCGCGUGCGGGGGGCUCUGUGUAUGCUUAAUCCCAUUUCCUUAUCCGGGGUUUGUCCUGGAGGCUUGCCAUUGGUCGGCUGCCGUCACGUGGCUUCUUAACUUUGUUCACUUGACAGAAAAGUAGGAGGGUUCAACGGAACAGGAAUAACCGAAGAGUAAAGGGAUGAGAUAUAAAUUUUAGUUAUAUAUUUUCCGAGUAGGUGCAAUUCCACAAAAAGACUGAAAUUAAUGGCCAUGAGCUCCUAUUUGAUCAACUCCAACUAUGUGGACCCGAAGUUCCCACCGUGCGAGGAAUACUCACAGAGCGACUAUCUGCCCAGCCACUCUCCGGACUAUUACAGCUCUCAGAGGCAGGAGCCUGCUGCCUUUCAGCCGGACUCCCUCUACCACCACCAUCAACACCACCCACACCAUCAGAACCACCAGCAGCAGCAGCAGCGAGCCGAGCCGCCAUUCACGCCGUGCCAGCGCACAGGGCAGCCCGCCUCGGUGGUGAUGUCCCCUCGGGGUCACGUCCUCCCCCCGGCAGGGCUGCAGACCACCCCCGUCCCGGAGCAGAGUCACCGUUGCGACUCGGUGACACCCAGCCCGCCUCCGCCUCCGUCUUGCGGCCAAACACCCCACAGCCAAAGCACUUCUUCCCCCGCGAGCACUCGUAAGGACCCCGUUGUGUACCCGUGGAUGAAGAAAGUCCAUGUAAACAUCGUGAGUUCAAACUACACAGGAGGUGAACCGAAGCGGUCGCGGACGGCCUACACGCGCCAGCAAGUCCUGGAGCUCGAGAAGGAGUUCCACUACAACCGGUACCUGACGCGCAGGCGCAGGGUGGAGAUAGCGCACACACUGUGCCUGUCAGAGCGACAGAUCAAGAUCUGGUUCCAGAACCGGAGGAUGAAAUGGAAGAAGGACCAUAAGUUGCCCAACACCAAGGUCCGCUCCGGAACAAACAGCAACACAAACUCCCAGGCCCUAACCGGUUCACAGAGCCGUUCUAGCGGGCACCUAUAGCCCGGUACUUUGGCUCUUUGUCUGACGUGUCCGUUUUCCCACACGAUUCCCAAACUGAACGCCAAACCGGCAGCCACGCUUGUAACCACCGGAACCUGCACUUUGGACCGGAAUAACGCUUUUACUGUGGAGGGAGGGAUGUCUACGCCGCCUGUAUGGCCCUGAUCUGUGCUGAUGGUACACACUAUGAUAUGACGUGGGAGGGGUGGAUGGGAAGAUUCCCCAUUCAUAAAAAACAGGCGAAGAAGGAGACUGACAGAAAAGAAAAAACGAUGCGGUCGCUUCUUUGCUUUUACCCCCGCCAUUCUCUCUCUGACUCUCUUUCUCGGCGUUUAUGUUUCUGUCUUUUUAUACCCCUCUCUCACUCCCUCUCUAUGAGGGAGCAUAAGACGGUAGGUUGAACAGAAUGUGCGCGAGUGUGUGUGGUUCCUUUCCUUCUUUUUUCUAUCCGAGACUUUUUUUUUUUUUUGGUGAAGAUGGAUCCUCGUUUUCAUCUUUAAUCAUGCCAAACUCGGGCCUCAUUUGUCAUGUUUACUCUGCGGGUACAAAGCAAAGGGGUGAACCGCGGCUCUGCCCAUUACCCCUCGCCCCUACACCCCCCACCCCCGUACCCCUCCCCAAACCACUACCCCCUCACCCCCCCCCACCACCCCACUCAGACACUCACACACGCACGUGUAAUAAAUGGAACUCUGGUUUCGUCAAGAGAAGUAUUCUUACACCCCACUACACACACACACCUACAUCCACACACACACACACACACAAACACAUGGCCGACCUUAAUACUCUAACAUCGAACAGGCUGUAACCUCCGGUAUGAUCCAAAAUGACACCAGGCAGUUUCUCGUGUCUCGUCGUUAUAAUAAUUACUGGUCAUAUUUCUGUUUUGUUUAAUGACGAAUUAUAGCUUUUUAAAUUUUAAUUCUAGUUAUUUUUGAAUUCAGUGUUGAUUGUAAAAUGAUAUGUGCUGUCAUUGGUGAAGAUGAGGAGCGUUUAUGUGGUCCGUUGAUUGUUCAUUUUGUGAUGUUGUAUACAAGGAAACAGACUGACAGGGUGAUUCAAGUGAGGAAAAAAAAAAGUCUAAUUAAAGCAUUUUCCACUACGUACCAAACAGGGUUUAUAAAGCUGCCUAUAACAAAGGAGACUAAUAUUCAAACCAAAAUCCUGGUACAAGUAGCUCAAGAACACAUUAUAAAAAGCAGCACUAUACAAUGUACUACCUAUUACCUCAGCUCUACUUAUAUAUAUAUAUAUAUAUAGAUAUAUUAUUUUUUUUGUAACCUUAUUUUCUCUUACUCGCUGAAUGAAGUGACAGCUUUUCGAGCUUUUAUAUUUUUUAAAUUGUGUGACGAGUUAUUAUAAUAAUUAUUAUUAUCUGCAAUACAAAAGGCGCUCUUCAUUUCUUGUAUGUGAAUCAAAAGUUAUUUAAUUCUAAGUAAUUGUUGCAGCCAGAGACAUUCAGAAAAAUAAGGAGCCUUUUAUCGCAUGUCUGAAUGGUGUUGAUUCAUUUUCUCUCUUUCCUCCGCACAUUAAAUGCGCGCGCACUUCCUUUUUUCUCUUUGCAUCUCCUUUUCUCUCUGUUUUUUCCUCCUCGCUCCACUUUACUAUUCUGCAAGUGUUUUUCAAUUGAUGUUAUUUUUUUUGUACAUUCCAAAGAUCAGUUUCUGUCGUUACUGAUGAUGGUGAUGAUGAUGAUGAUGAUGAUAUGAUAGCCUGUGUAUUAUAACUGAAAAUGUUAUUGUUGAACAUGUUACCGUCCCUGAUAUGUAAGUGGCUCCUUUCCCUGCUUAUACCUACUCAGUGUCUACCUUCUUAUUAUUUGUAAAUAGUCCAUCGAAAUUUAAAUAAAUGCCUGAAAAUGUA